AUUCACCUCGCCCUACGCCGGCACAAAGCACCGAAACGUGUCCCAGGCUCUUGCCUCUCCGCUGUGUCCCCGUGGGGACGGCCGGGAUGCUGCUGAGCCACGGGGCCGCAGGAAAACUCAGCCCAGAGGUGAUGUGGCAGCUUGCGAAGCCCCAUCCAGCUGCACUUUCCUCUCCCAGGCAGCUGAAAUAACCACCAUGGGCUUUUCUAAAAUUAUUUUUCCAAUAAAAAUGGAGUGAAAUGCUCCUGCUCUGAAUGCAUGGAUUUCUAAGAGCCACUGAUUGAAAAAAAAAAAAAAAAAAGACCAAUGUGCGUGGAGAAUUGAGGCUGCUGCGGGCUUGUUAGGGCACAAAAUAAUGUUCUGUGGUUUGUCAGCAAACUGCUAGUGUCUGGGGACACGUGGGGGACUCAGGCUUUGCUAAAUCCAGCGGCUGCAGCAUUCAGCAAAUUGUGAGUUGGCUUCGUUGUGAAGAAAUCUUCAGUGGUGUCAGGGUUAUUUUAUACCUAUACCUAUGAUUUUUUUCAUAAAGACAGUGCAAACACAUUUUUGUCCAAGCACAGAGGAAAUCAGUUGCCAAAGGGUUUUGCUCACGGGUGCAGGUCCCUUUUCAAACUCCUUAAUCCAAAACUUUCCUUCGAGCUUUUUCCUUUGCAGUCCAAGUUCUCAGAGCUUCUUCCAAGCAUGACCGAGUCUCCUCCUCUGGUCCUUCUGCUCCUUUUUUUGCACAGAGCCUGUUGCUCUGCCCCUCCUGCCUGCAGUUCCCAGGUUGUUGGGGCUUUUUUUUCCUCUUUUUGUACUAGAAAACCAGCCGCUUGCCCUUUGAGCAGAGCAAGGACAACGGGGAUUAGGGUCUCAGUCGCAUUUCUGAGUGCUCAGCUUUUACGUAGGGCAUCUGUGGAUGUUGUUGUUGCUUCCCCGGAGCCUGUUUUCAGAGCUUUUCAGCUUCCUUUUGCUUUUUGGAGCCAGGAGGGCACGAGAGUUGAGCACUGGCCCCGAGAGGCUGCUCGGAGGCUGGGUUUGAGUCAGAGAUGCAUGCGGGAAGCCUUUGCUGCCGGGCUCUUCUGUUUGUGUCCCAAGGUGUCGGGAGCAGGAGGUUACGCCCGUGUCAGCGUUGAUUGAGGGCCCGUAGUUAAUUUGUUUAGCCUGUAAUUAAUUCUCUCGUUCUUCUUUUAUUUGUGUACUGUCAUGCUUCAUUAUGUGCCAGGACAUCAGGAAUCCUCCUACUAAUUGCUGUUUUGCGGCUCUGAAAGCUGCAAGUCGCUGCUUUGCAGACCUGGACAAACUGUUUAAUUAAGACGCGCCUUCCCCUUGCUUCUGAGCUGCCAGCCCUCAGCAGAAGGGCAGGAUUUAACAUUUUCUACGCGAAAAGCCAGAAGCUGGUGCUAGCCUCUUGCUCCACCACCGUGCACAGGACUGAGCAGGUUCCUCUCGCAUCUUCUUUCCUCCCUCUCCCCAUCCCACCGACCCGGGCUGAGAUGCUCUCGGCAGCGUGUCCAUCUCCUCGGGGCCCUGAGGCUGUUGUCUUCACCCAGCAAACCGAGCAGAAAUGCUGCCUGCAGGACGUAUUUAACAAACCUGCACAUGGGGCAGCCCGUGGAGGUGGCCAAAGCUCCGCGUGUGCAGCUGGGUUGGCACAAAAGGGUUGGCACAGAAGGCUUCAUGCUCGGUGUCAGCCACCCCAGCACAUCAUCUCUUCACCGGGAGGGUUUUUGGUGCAGGGGCCAAAUCUGCAGGAAUUUCACCAGGAAGGAGCGUAGUGGUGGUGUGUUCUGGAGCCUGGCUGCUCCCAGGGCUGAGCAAGAAGGGGCUGGAGCCGUUUUCAGAAGUCUAGGUGGCCAAGGGCAUCAAAAAGGAUAUAAGAGAGCCACGUACCCAAAACCCCAAAAGUUGCUUCCCAGGCCUGCUCCAGAGGAGGUUACAGCUGGUGGAACGAUGCCCCUUGGAGGGAAGGGAGCUAGUGCCAAUAUCUGCAAUGUUGUCCUGAUGAGGCACACGGAGCUGGAAGAAGGAAUUGAUGUCCUGGACAAUAACGGAAACAUCGUUGGGUCUUCCAGAAUCGCUGCAAAACACGCACUGCUAGAAACGGCCCUAACUAGAGUGGUCCUGCCAAUGCCUAUACUGGUUCUACCUCCAAUUAUUAUGUCCAUACUGGAAAAGACAUCCCUCCUGAGGUCCCGUCCCCGGAUGAUUCUCCCCGUGCAAAGCCUUGUGUGCCUCGCGGCCUUCGGCCUGGCCCUCCCCUUGGCCAUCAGCCUCUUCCCGCAGAUGUCCGAGAUCGAGACGGCCCGGCUGGAGCCGGAGAUCGCGAUGGCCACCGCCAGCAAGACUGUGGUCUACAACAAGGGGCUGUAAGUGGGAGCUGCGCACCUUCCCGGCCCAGGAGAGCUGGGGAGGGCCGGGGGAAGCUGGAGAUCACGACUGGGAUAAAACACAGCAAGGAGACGAAACGAGCGUAGAGCUCAGCGGUAGUAACGUACUGCCCCUCCCGGAGAUCGGGGAGCGAACUAACACUUGGGGAGAACUGACACCUCACACCACUCAAAAAGAUUAACACUGAAAUCGUUUUAACUUAGCCACAGGAGCAACAGCGAGAAAUCGCAUUCAAACACUUUAGAGAAGUAGCUAAGGAAUAAUCUCUGAACUUUUAGCACUGCAUGGAGGGAAGUUUCCGGGACGUUUCCCUGGCUAUACCUAACUACACGAGAGUAGGCUUCACCGAGCAAAUCCUGUUCUCAACGCGAAUUAAACCCCGGCACUGACGCUGCA